AGUGACCCCAUUUGGGAAUUAUCUGAAAAACAACAAACAACCGUCCUCAGCGCAUGCGACCACUACGAAUGCCAGUAAAUUGAUACCGACAAUUGUGACGUCGCAAAAAAGUCCGCAACACCACCAACAAAACCAACAAAAGUUACACAAACAAAUGACAGCGAAACGUAAAAAUUCAAAUUCAAAUGAGAUCAACAACACCAGCAGCGCGAACACUGCGGCGACAGAAGCGCCACCUGCCAAUACGAUGACAACGACGUCAACACCAGCGACCGCGACUGCGACUGCGACUGCGACAGCAACGGUUGUGACGUCAGCGACAGCAAAUAGCGGCACGAUCGCUGCCAAUAAUGGCCCCUCACCACCACCACCACCACCACCGGCAGCAGCAACAAAAGCAACGAGGCGAGAGGCACAAAAAAGCAGCAGCAGCAGCAACAACGGCGAGGAUGAGACUGAUGUGAUCGGCGAUCUGGUGGGGCAUUUCGGCAAGUGGCAAUGCCUGAUGACAAUGUUGUUGUCGCUGUUUCAGGUGCCCAAUACAUUUCACAUAGCGUCGCCAAUCUAUCAGGCGAUCAACAAAAAUUUUUGGUGCAGUCGACCGCCGCAUUUGCAAGAUUUGCCGGUGGAUGUGUGGCGCAAUUUGAGUGAUUCGCAAGACAAUUGCUUUCAGGCGAACAUUGACUGGAGCAAAGUGCACAACGAUAGUAUACGGUUGCAGCCAGCCUUACAACAACAAUCGAGCCAACACCAACAGCAGUCACAUGGCGUACAUGGCAGCUUGCCUCACGACCCCUCGGCGGCAGUGUCUACUUUUCAACACAAUCUUAUCUUAUCACCGCUGGCCGUCGUCCAAAAUGCCACACGCAUCGCCUGCUCGGCUUGGGAAUAUGACAGCGAUGAUAAUUUGGGCAACACAUGGAUUUCGCAGUGGGAUUUGGUGUGCGACAAGGAGUACUUUAAGAAUGUGGCGGAGAUGUUCUUUCUAUUGGGUGCGGCAACAGGUGGCAUUUUGUCGGGCUAUUUGUCGGAUAAAUUUGGCCGCAAAAAAAUGCUUUUCAUAUCAGCAACGCUGCAGACGAUAUUUGGUUUUGCACUCCUCUUCCCCGAAUCGUUGGAAAUAUUUCUGCUGCUGCGCGCUCUGCUCGGUGUUGUCUCCGUGUCGGUGACCUAUGCUGGCCUAAUAUUGGCCAUAGAAUAUGUGGAUGGCAAAUGGCGUACCAUAGCUGGCAUGUACAAUUUAUUUCCACUGCCAAUUUCCUACAUGGUGAUCGCAGGCAUUGCCUACCUGACGCAGGAUCAUCAGCGGCUGCAGCUUUGCAUCGGCAUACCAGGCAUAUUCCUGUGUUUUCUAUGGUUUGUUGUGCCCGAAUCUCCACGUUGGCUGCUGGUCAAAGGACAUAUUGCCGAAGUAAAAGUUAUUGUACAGCGUGCAGCUAAAUUUAACGGACGCCAGCUGCCACCGGACUUUGAGUCAAUGUUGAGGCCACCGUCACAGGAAGAUUCCUCACAGAAUUGCGUCAGCCUUUUCAAUUCGCGUUACCUGAGUUGUGUGACAAUUUGCUUUCUUUGCAUUUGGUUCACCAUGAAUUUGGUGUACUACGGCCUGAUAUUAAAUAUGAGUUCAUUUGGCGGAAAUGUUUACUUGAAUUCGGCUUUAGCUGGCCUAGUCGAAAUUCCUGCCAUUGCCAUUGCCAUGUACAUUAUCACCAAGGUUGGCAAAAAGUGGCUAUUCAGCGCCACAUUCUUCUGUACGAGCCUCGCCUGCUGUUGUGCAGCCAUUACCGAGGGCAAUGAUGACCAACUCUGGCUGAAGAUUACAUUCCUCAUGAUUGGUAAAUUCACCAUCAGCGCCGGCAAUACCAUAAUGCCCGUCUACACCGCCGAGCUCUAUCCGACCGCCAUACGUAAUGUUGGUGUUGGUGCUUGCAAUGUGGCCGCUGGUGCCGCAUUAAUACUAACGCCAUAUUUAUCAUUGUUGCAUAAAAUUGAGAUACAUUUUAUGAUGACACUGCUCACCGCAUUUGCAUUCUUUGGCGGUUUUGUUGUGCUGUUCCUACCCGAAUCCGCAUCUGCUCAAACGAAAUCGGAACCGCGCGAGGAAAAGUAA